AUGGCGGAGGCCUCGGCGGCGGCGGCGGCCGCCGUGUCCCAGCACCGCUUCUUCUGCCACAGCUGCAAGGGGGAGGUCAGCCCCAAGCUGCCGGAGUACACUUGCCCAAGAUGUGAAUCUGGCUUUAUUGAAGAAGUCACAGAUGAUUCCAGUUUUCUAGAUGGCAGCGGCAUAGACGACAGCCCAUCCACACAGUUUGCAGAGCUUUGGGACCAUUUGGACCACACAAUGUUCUUUCCCGACUUCAGACCCUUUCUGAGUAGCAGCUCACUGGAUCAAGACAGCAGGGACAACGAGAGGGGCCACCAAGCCCACGCCGACCUCUGGGGACCAAGCCGACCCCCGCGAUUGCCCAUGACGCGGCGGUACAGAUCCCGGGGCAGCUCCCGCCCCGACAGGUCUCCUGCUAUUGAAGGAAUAAUACAGCAGAUCUUUGCAGGGUUUUUUGCAAACUCAGCGAUUCCUGGCUCACAGCACCCUUUUUCCUGGAGUGGGAUGCUGCACUCGAAUCCUGGGGACUAUGCGUGGGGACAGAGCGGCCUGGAUGCUAUUGUCACCCAGCUCUUGGGGCAGUUGGAAAACACGGGACCGCCUCCAGCCGACAAAGAGAAGAUCUCAUCUCUCCCGACAGUGACAGUAACUCAGGAACAAGUCGAUACGGGUUUGGAGUGUCCUGUGUGCAAAGAGGACUACACAGUAGCGGAGCAAGUCCGGCAGUUACCGUGCAAUCACUUCUUCCACAGCAACUGCAUCGUGCCGUGGUUAGAGCUGCACGACACGUGUCCGGUGUGCAGGAAGAGCUUAAAAGGGGAAGAUUCGACUCGGCAAACGCAAAACCCCGAGGCCUCAGCGAGUAACAGCUUUAGCAGCGAAAGCCAACUACACGAUCGAUGGACUUUCUGACGCUCGGGGGCUCUGGCCGGAGCAUCGUUACUACGGAUGUACAUUGUAUUAUAAUUCAAACAACAACAAAAAAAGAGUAGCAGGAAAUAUAGGGCAGGGGAGGGAACCCACCCUGUGGUAUUACUGCAACGAGUGCUGUCUUUUUUCCUGAAACGUUACACUAGCAUCUCCGAGCGAAUCGCAUCUCCAUUGGAAUCGCCUCUUUAGUCCUAAAUUCAGAGUCUUUUGAGUGAUUUGACUUGAUUUUAUACUUGUGAAACCUUUACUUCAAACGCGGCCCCUUUGACGGGGGGGUGAGCCGGCGCAGGGAGGUUUGGGGAGACCCCGCCUGGGUCCCGAGAUCUCUCCUGCAGCCUCCUCCGCGUCCCCCCACCCCGGCAAAGAGCUGUGAAGGUGGGGGAAGCGUCCCCCGUUGCGGUGCUCCUUGUAGUAAAGGAGGGGAUGGAAGGGAGAAGAUUUUUGGACUUCCUUCCUCUGACCCCUUCCCCUGCCCCUCGAACCGCCUGGGAGGGAUCGAAUCCAGGAGGGUUUGGUUUUUUUCCCUCCCUCCUCUCUCGAAUUCAAGUGACAGUGUCUAUAAAAUAGCGUUUUAGGUUUUCUCAAGGGCGAGGCGAAGCUGGAGGCAGCGGAGGCUCCCCGGAGCUCUUCCCGAGCCGCGCUGGCGGAGAGACCUUCGCUCGGGACGCGCAGGAGCCCCCCGGGUCUGGGAACAGGAAUGCACCAAGCAGCGUUUUCUGUCUUGUCGUGGACUUUUUGUUUGUUUGUUUGGGGUUCUCUUCUGGCCCUUCUCCACGUGCCUGUGCCCCCAGGUCUGCCCCACCCCGUCCCCCCCGUGAGUCGUUUAGGAUCCUUAGCUGGCUUGUAUCAUAUGGACCACAUUAAAGGCAUCCUCUAGGAAAACAGACCUAACUGUGCAGAGCCAUUUUAACGGCCGAUUCCUCAGUGUUUUAACACGCAAUCUUAAUUCUCCCUUAGUCCGGUAACUUUAAGAGAAUCUCUUUAUUUUGGCCAAUUUUUUUUUUCUUUGUUUUAUUUCCCCCCCCCACACUGCUGUAACAUUUCAUCCGUGUUUGACUUCUUGUUUUUAUCGUCCCCAUAACGUCUGUGCUUACGGCACCCACUAAACCAACAUUUAAACCCCCGGCUCGACCUGGCAGCGGGCGGGAGGGAGAGGGAGGUCGCGUCUAAACAUGUUGCCGCUUCAUUGCUGUAAACAGUGUACUACGUACACUCGAUUUAAACUAGUGUUUUGUUUGCUAUUAAGUCAAAUAAAGGCCUUUAUAAAGAAGAUGAGACGUGGAGAAAGAUUGUUGGGGCUGAAAGAGGUGGCUGAGGAGCUCGGGGGGGCUGUCGGAGGACAAGGGGGAUGGAAACAAC